GCCAGUGUAGUUUUGGGCCCUGGAGAGACAAAGGAGGUCACCAUUGUUCUGGGAUGGUACUUCCCAGACAAAGACUUCUUUGGACUGCCUGUGGGUAAUUUCUAUACCAAUCUAUUCAAGGACUCAGUUGAUGUAGUUCAGAAGCUAGGCAGUGACCUUAGCACUACAGUAUCAGAUAUAGCCAACCUCCAUACUCCCUUUUUGAAAUCUUCUUUACCCACAACACUCCAAGACAUGCUCAUCAACAGUCUCUCUCAUGUGAGAUCUGCUUUCUGGUUGAAUGAUGGCAGAUGGAGGCAGUGGGAAGCAUAUGACUGUGUGAAUAUAGAUUCUGUCCACAAUGAUGGAGAACGCCAUAUUCCCUACAUCUUUAUAUUUCCAAACAGCACCAUCAGCAAAUUAUAUGCCUGGGCAAAAUAUCAAGCAUCAAAUGGCAUGAUUCAUGAACAGUUACGUUGUGGAUGCAUGACAAUGUCAGAUCAAUCACCAAGAGUUGAAUAUGGUUGUGGUCGAACAAUGUCUGAUGUAUCCUCCAUGUUCAUUGUAUAUCUGCUGGAGCUCCUCACCUGGCAUGAUGACCCGUACUCACAACAGGUUGUUAGAGACUUGUAUAAUGCCUCAAAGAAAGCUGCACAGUGGCACAUGUCUGUUAGCACUGCUGAAGGCAUUCCAAUUCACAUGGUGGACACAUAUGAUGUACUUCGUUUAGAAUCCUACCCCUAUGACACAUACAGUGGUAGUUUCCACUUACUGGCUAUGAAAGCUGCAGAAACUUUGGCUUAUGCAAUGGGGGAUAUUGAAUUUGCUGAGACAUGCCAGAAGGCCUUCAUUACUGGACAACAGGCACUGGACAGACUCUUGUGGAAUGAGACAGCAAGAUACUACAAUGCAUACACCCUACAAACUGAGACUGAUGGGAUAGAUAAAGCUGACACAGAUCCACUGGGAGCCAUUAUGACUGACACAUUUUAUUCACAGGUGUUGGCCUAUUCACUUGGACUAGGUACCUUGGUUCAGAAUGAGACACGUCUCAAGCUACACAUGAAAGCAGAACUAGAGCACAAUGACUCACCAUAUGGAAUGCUAGUCCUAACAGGUCGACAUCCUUACCCAGGUCCUUAUACUGACAAUGCUGUAUGGAUGAUGGGCAAUCCUAACUGGGCCACCAUUAACAUGCACCUUGGAGAGGAUGUCAACCAGGCUUUGCAAGUAGGAAUAAAGGCAAUGGAACACUGGCGUUCUGUAAUCCAUGAUGAGUGGAAUGUAGUUGGUAUCAUGGGUGGUCUGGGAUAUGGUGCGGAUGGUAUGCCUUACAUCACCAGCCAUUAUGGCUACUUCAUGUCCUCAUGGCACAUGGUGAUGGCACUGUCUGGUCAGAAAGCUAACAUGUCAGAAAAAUCACUAACAUUUGACCCAAAACUUGACUCUCUCACUGACCCUCCAUUUGUAUUACCUGUACUGCUACCUGGAGUCUGGGGCUAUCUCCAAAACAGCCGAUACCAGGUGGGCACUGAUUCAAAGGUGUCUUAUUCACUCGUCCUGCACUUUGGUUCCCUGGAGCUAUCACAUCUCUCAGUAGCUGAUUGUAUUCAUCCUGAUAGUUCCAUCAACAUUGUAACACAACAGGCCACAUCAUGGAGCUGCUCCUAUACUUAAACAGUUAAUUAAACCUGUAGUAUGCGGGCUGAUAGAUAUGCUACGCUGUUUCAUAUUUUACUAUUGC